CCGCUCUACCUGCUCCCCCUCCUCCUCCUUCUCCUCUCUUGGCGUCACUCAAGCAUAAGACUCCUAAGUCUGGCAGUCGCAUUCCCUCAGGCUAAGUAGACGCCACCCACUGUCCUAGCUCCUCGCCAAGACUCGCGAAUUUUCACAUUUUUGCUCAACGAGGGAUAUGUGACGCCUCUUAGUGUUGUUGUGUCGUGCAUGUGAUACUGUGGUGCUAGCAUUCGUGUGAAGAUCUCUGUUCAGCCAAACAAACAGCCGCCAAAUAGUGCAACAGGACAACGUGAGGAUCUCCAAGGUUAGGGACAAAGCAAAGCCGACGUGCAGAGUAAGAACAUACGUAAUCAAUCAGUCGACUCGAGUUCACACUUAAACAGUCGUUUGAAAUUUGCUAAUUUAAUACCUGUUUACCUCGGUUGCGUAUUCUCAAGCCUUCAAAAACUACUGAAUGAGAAUAUCUGUUAGUGUGCAGAUUGUGUGACUAACCUUCUCCAUAAUGGCCAUGUCCCCACUGAACGUAGGAAGCCCGUCGGAAGUUCUCAAACGGAAAUCUCCCGAUGAUAGUGACAAAAUUGUCCUCUCGCGCAAACAACAUGUGACGAGCCCGCUGUCACUCACCACCUCGAGCACCACCCAAGUGUUCUCCGUCAUAGAGGGCGAGAUUAUGCACGAGGUGGACGAUGUGUGUGAUGACGUGGUCGACGAUGUUGUUGAUGAUGUAGUUGAAGAAGUUGACGAUGAGGAACGCGUGGGCGGCCACCCGUCCAGCCUGGGCCCCAUCACGAGCAUCGGAGGCGUCGGGGGGUCCGCCUCCUUCGCCUCAACCCCCAGGAUACACACGCCCACCACGGACUUCCAGCCCCCGUACUUCCCCCCUCCCUACCUGGGCACCGAGAACCAGAUGGCGACACACCAUCCAGCGGCCGACCCGUACCAGCUGCAUUCCCUCCCCACCAACUACACUACCUACACCUCGGCUACACUUCAGAACAGACACGAGGUCCCCCGGAGGGAGGACCCCCUCCACGUCGUAAGUAGUACUGGCCAGGUUGGGCUCUACGAUCGAACGUACGCGGGCGUGGACCGGGCGGGCGCAGUGCUCAUGGGCGCCGCUCGACAUGAAGACAUCAUCCUCAGCAACACCAUCCACCCGCACACCAUCGAGGAGCCGGUGCAGGCUAAACGAGCGAUUGCUAGUCAACAGUUCGCAGAGCGCGGCCUGUUCUUAGAAGGCGUGCUAGAGUCGGACACGGGGUUCACAGGCGAUAUCUUUAAACACGAUGGGUUCGGGCUCAAGAGUGAGAAGGGCAUGGGCCUAUCCGGCAUGCCCUCAGGCAAUGACGUUUUCUGCUCCGUGCCCGGUCGGCUGUCCCUCCUCUCCUCGACCUCCAAGUAUAAGGUGACGGUAGCGGAAGUUCAGCGCCGCCUCUCCCCGCCCGAGUGCCUCAAUGCCUCCCUCCUCGGGGGUGUCCUUCGCAGAGCCAAGAGCAAGAACGGCGGCCGCAUCCUGAGGGACAAGCUCGAGAAGAUCGGGCUCAACCUGCCCGCCGGCCGGAGGAAAGCCGCCAACGUCACCCUCCUCACGUCGCUGGUUGAAGGCGAGGCUAUCCACCUAGCAAGAGAUUUCGGUUAUGUCUGCGAGACUGAGUUCCCGGCUCGGCAGAUUGCAGAGUACCUUUGUCGCCAGCAUUCCGACCCGGCCGAGCAGUACAGGAGGAAGGACCUGAUUCUUGCCACAAAACAAAUCACCAAAGAGCUGAUGGACCUGUUGAAUCAGGACAGGUCGCCAUUAUGCAACACCCGACCACAGAUCAUUCUGGAGCCGUCCAUCCAGCGACACCUCACGCACUUCUCUCUCAUCACGCACGGCUUCGGGUCCCCGGCCAUCGUCGCGGCGCUCACGGCCAUCCAGAAUUUCCUAACCGAAUCCCUGAAGCACCUGGAGAAGUCCUUUCCUUCUUCAAACUCCCACCUCACCGUCACGCCCUCGAUAGAUCUCAAGAACAAGGAAAUGGAUAAGAAAUAACGGCGUGGGCCUGAUCGUGUAAAUUCCUUAUUUAGCCCAAACCCGCCAGGCCGCCAACGUCAGUCGGACAGCAUGAGAUGUUCUGCAGCGCAUGGAACAACUCUUGCUGGAGUGGUAGAUUAUGUAUCUCCACAGCAUGAGUGUGUUUUCAAUAUGCCCUGUUAUAAUUUCAAGGACUCUUUGCUCCCCCUGUAAAGACUCCUGCCGACGAAUCCUCGAACCGUUGGUCAGUUUUUUGACUUUCUGGUUUCAGUUUGACGGUCAUUGUUGUGUAUAUAGUACUACAUGAAUAAGUUUUAAGGUUGACACAUGGCUGCCAAGGAGCAAGUUGUGUGUUUAAGGCAGCGGAAGUGCAAUAACGCACAAGAGAUAGUGCAUGAUACUCGACUUUGUGAAGUAAAAACUAUUUGUUUGAGAUUAAAGACGUGAUUUCUAGGAAAUUUAUUUAAAUAUUCUAACCUCUUUGCAGAGGCUCACCGAAUCUCAUGAUCAUUGUAAGAUUCUAAGUGUAGUUUGCUAAGGUUUGUACAAAUGCCAUAUUGCCAUAUCUUAUUUUGACUUCUUAAGGUGAACAGGAAAAGCCAUUACUCAUACCUAAGGCUUGAUAAAGAGAAGUACUAGUUAAUAAAUAAUAUAUAUGGAUACAAAGCGAGAAGGUGUUCAACUAUUUCAUGUGCCACUGUUUAUGAAGAGAUUGAAAUUAUAUUGUGAUCUACCAUUUAACAGUAUUGUCUACAGAAUACUUUGUUUUGUAUCUAGAACGUAGCCAAACUUUGUACGUUAGUAUGUUAGGGUGGGCGACGCUCGUGGUCAUCCACAACCCACAUAUCUGCCAAAACAAUGUACCAAGUGCAAUCUCUUGGCGAUGUGAUUUAAUGCUUAGACAUUUGGGUGUCUUUAGGGAGAAACUGACACGCUAUAACAGGGGUUGUUGGCCUCUGUAUGUGUACUAUUUUGGCGUCAGUGACCCUAGUCAGCCCAUGUUUUGUACAGUGUAGAAAGAACCUACAGACUUUAUUUCUCUCUGGAUGGGACUCUCUCACCUAACCUCUUGGCUGGGAGUAGUGUAGCGUUAAUCUUACGUAGGUGAUAGGACCCAAAGCCUUUCAGACAGUUUUAAAAGUGUCUGUCUGGCAUGACAAAAUGUAUAAAAGUUUUACCCUUACCUCCUUGCGCACAAUGCUAAUGCAAAUUGUGUAUCUGUUGCUUCAACAUAUGUUGUUUCCUUAGAUUUUUGUCAUCAAGAUGUGCACUGAUCUGCAGACGAUCCAAAUCUUUUCCCUUCUUACCCACCUCCCCCCCAAGUACAAUCAAGGGCUUGAAAUUCAUAAGUCCGUAUUUAUAUGCUGCUUAAGCACUUUCUAUGUGAUUAACUCCCUAUCGUCAUAUCACUUGCUUAGUAUCAGUAUUUAGUUUCACUAGUCUUAAUCACUGUUCCUUUGUAUUUCCCUCCAUAUGCUUAGAAUGUUUCUUAUUAACGUUUCAGGAAAUACAUAAUUUGGCUUCAUUUUCCUUAUUUUGCUGAAAGUGCAGUGCUUCAGUUUCUCUUACAAGACAUUUAUGAAGACUGUUCAGUUAGAGUUUUAUGUUAAAUCAACAACUGAAGAGUGUUAUAACUUCACUGUGAUCCCUUUGGAACCCAGUGUAAUUUAGAAUAUUUUUCUAUUUUCCUUGUACACGAGUGAAUAUUGUGAUGUAUGAACUUAUUUGUCCAUUAAGUCAUAAUAACAUGUGUUGCCAUGAAUGCUUCUGUUGGAUUAGAGCACUAAUUUUUCACUUUAGAUGAGUACAAGGGGGCAUGUAACCAUGUUACCAAGAAAUAUGCAUUUAUUGUUGCUACAUUUAAAAUCAAAAAUUGAUGCUCUUCUCUUGCACUUUCUUUAAUCUCCUAUGAAUCUGACCCAGUGGUUAAUUUGGGUCAUGGUGACAGAAACAAUUUUGUUUUCAUUCUGUGCUUUGAAUAUUCUGAUUCUCAAUAAAGACAGUGAGGGCUUUGAGUAAGAUGCCCAUAUUAGGGUUCAUCUCAUAUCAGGACCGAAGAUGGUCUAAGUAUAUCUUCUACUUAAUACAUUUUACUCCUUGCCCUUCCGAGUGUCUGUCAGUAAGGCGUUGCUCAGACAUCUUUCUUGUACAAAGGAAAGACUUUUUGUUGCCCAAUUCCAUGUAUGUUAUUAUAUUAUUAUAUAAGGUAUUUUAUACUGUGCCACAACAUGGUACAAGGUCUCCACAACCUGGUUGUUUUGUGUUCCUCCAUAAUGGAUGGUACCAUCGUGCUGUAUAGUUUAUUUGUCAACUUGAAAUAAUUUUAAUGCUAAAGGAUGCCAUAUGUAGAAUAAUAAUAAUAAAAAAAUCUUAACAAGA